AUGCAGGACAAGGCCUUACCAGACGCGUACAAGAGCGACGACGAGACACAGGACAGGCUGGACAUGAGCGUGGGCCAACAGCAGGGCACCGACAACGAGGACGACAGCCAUUCACCGUUACCAUCACUGCGAUUCAUUGUCAUUGCCAUCGGCAUCGUCGCCGUCAGCGUCACAGUCACCAUCACUACUACCGCCACGCCCCGUGCCCUUGUCAAGCACAGUCAAUCCUUCCAGGCCGACUACUAUCCGCUGCCGAAUCCGAAUCCAGCAUCAUCACUGGCGACACUCGGAACCCCACCGGCGGUGUCCAAGGGAGCUAAAUAGUGGCAUUCUCGCCUACUCGCCCUUGGAGUCAUUCGACCCCACGCGGGCGUGUGCCGGACGCUAUAGCCCUCCCACUUCACCUUUGCCAUACCGGUUACCCUCUUAGCUGAGGCUGCUGCGGCUGCUGUGCGGUGGAGGCUAGGAGCGCGCAGCUAAGAAAGAGCUUCCAAGAGGCUAGUGCGCGGGCGAGUCAAGCAAAAGACGGGCGGGAUACCCACGGUGGAACGACAGCGUGAGAACGGCGGUAUACUACAAGUAAUACUGUGCCACCACCCAUUUGAAGCCGUUGGAGCCUGUAGCUUCGGUCAAGGCGAGACAUCACAAAGGCCCAGCAGAACCAGGACAAGGUCCUGUCGCAGAAGCAAGGGCAACGGCUUGUUAACGAGGCUAGCAGAGAGUAGUGCUUCCGACAGCUUGGACCUCUGCGCCAAAUCAAAGCAGGAAAAAAAAAAAAAGGAAGAAGUGACAGCACCCCCCUUGCUUGAGUGUGCAGCAUUUGCACCAGGGAAAAAGGCCAGGGCUAGCCACCGGUAGCAAAAAGACGAAGCCGGACAAGGCACAGCUCGGGACGCAGAACCGUUGCGCGCGUGCGUUGCCGCAAUCCCGUAGCACCAGGCUCAAAGCCUUGUCAUCGUUGCUGACAGUCAUGCGACCCGAAUCGCUCUCACUACCGCCAGAUCGCCCGCUCGACGACAACAAUAUAUCCGACCACCACGAGUGCUGCCACCACGACUGCUGCCACGAGUGCUACCACCACUGCUCGGAGCAGAGGCACGACGACCAUUGGAGCCAACACCAGGCGCAGGAUGCGGCCUUUUAUGCCCCGGAGAGCAGCAAUAACACCAAAAUGUACUACGACCAGAAUGGCCACCACGACGAGUACCACGGGUACGAACAAGGCGAGGCUUAC